UUAAUCUUUAUUGUGCCAAGGAAUUGUGCGCUGGUGGAUAUCUGCGACAAGUGAAGGCAGCUCGGAGAGUCACUCUGCAUGGGACCCAGAGGUUGAAUUUAGUUCAAUUUUUGUCAGACAGCAAGAUGACCAUGGACAUACUUGCCCCGCUCCUUCUCCUGCUCCUACAGCUCACACAGCUGCUCGCCGCUUGUCCCGAGCAGUGUUCUUGCUCCUCCACAAUCGUUGACUGCCGCGCCACCUCCCUGCCGCACCUUCCAGCUAACAUUGACCAUUCUGUGGAAACCUUAUACCUGGACGACAACCUGUUGAUCAGGAUCCCCCCACACGGCUUUGACAACUUGAGAAGCCUGAGCUACCUUGGUCUGUCGAAAAAUCGCCUUCUCCUGCACAACUACACGUUCAGCCUGCUGCUCGGGCUCCAAUCGUUGGACUUGUCCAAUAACCAUUUAUCUGUGUUGCGGGAAGACCUAUUGGGAAACCUCCCCAACCUGACCUGGUUAGUGCUGGCCAACAACCAGCUACGGACCCCACCUGUGCUGAGGGCUCACGACAAACUGACCUAUCUGGAUUUAUCCGGCAACCAGCUCGCUGUACUCCAGGGGGCGUUUGACUCCUUACCUCAGUUGGACACGCUCUUCCUCAGCAAUAACCGGCUGCAGACACUGCCCGUCACCCUAUUUGACAAAUUGCCUCACCUGGAUACGCUCGACUUGUCCCAUAACGAGCUGAGCUCCCUCCCUCGCCGACUCUUCAGGCACCAUUGGGAGCUGAGUGAUUUACAGCUGGACCACAACAGGUUGAAGCAUCUCGCAAGGUCUUUGUUUGCCCACCAGGGGAACCUGCGAUACCUGACGCUCUCUGGAAACCUCGUCGCAGCUCUCCCCCUUCGCAUCUUCGCCAACUUGACUAAACUAUCACUGCUCGAUCUGUCCAACAACUCACUGGCCUGUCUGCCCAAUGACCUCCUCUCCGGGCUGACGGAACUGCAAACCCUGAAACUCUCCCAUAAUCUCAUCGACGAAAUGACGAGGGAGGCCUUCAUACUGAAUGCAAAGCUGACGUUCCUGCAUCUCGACAGCAACCGGCUGAGCGGCCUGCCCAUGUUCCAAGGGCUCUCACUGCUGGAGGAGCUGACUUGCUCCUUUAACCGGCUCGUUGGCUUGCCCCGAGGUUUUGCCGACAAUCUCCUAAUGCUGAAGUGUCUUCAGCUCACCCAUAACCUCAUUGAUCAAUGGGACCCCACGCUGUUCCUAAACACCACCUCUGUCCUUCUGAGCAACAAUCCAAUCUGUUCUACCAAGGCAGGCACGGCAACAGUGCAGUCCACAUACAUAGACUGCAACAAACAGCAGUGCUCCCCAGUGUCACGUUAAAAGACAUUUGGACAGGUAUGGGGAUAGGAAAAGUGCAGAAGGAUAUGGGCAAAGUACGGGCAGGCGAGACUAGUGUAUAGGGAGCAUGUUGGUCAGCAUUGGCAAGUUGGACCUGUUUCCACGCUGUAUGACCCUAUGAAAGAACUUUCCUUUCUUUUGGAGGAGGGAACUGGAUAUUUUAAGCAAAUAUGUCAUAGGGUAGGUAAAAGCUAGAAUAGUACAGCACAGGAACGGUCUGUUCUGCCCACAAUGUCUGUGAACAUGAAGCCAAACUACAUUAAUCUCUCCUGCUAGCACAUCCCUCCAUUGUCAUACUGUUUUAUGUUAUUUAUAAAAAUGUCACAAGUGCUGGAAUAACUCAGCAAGAAUCAGCAUUUGUGGAGAACAUGGAUAUCCGUGUUCUCCAGAGAUGCUGCCUGACCCAUCGAGUUACUCCAGUACAUUGUGUCAUUCUUUGUAAAAUAAACAGCAUCUGUGGUUCCUUGUAUCUCCUGUUCUAUGUUAUAUUGUGUGACUUCUUCACGCUUCCUUUGUGACAAAAUCUUGUAUUUUGCCGCGGCACAUAAUGUUGCAGAGAAUUAAUAAACAUCUGUAUUCCAUCUUA